AUGAUGCAUGGUUUAAGUUUGGACCAACAAGAUCGUGAUCCUAUCAAUCCUUUGACACAAUCCAAUCAAAAACAAACCUUUGUUUGCUUUUUUGUUGACCAAGAUAUUAUAAUAAUAUAUAAUCAAUCAAUCAAUCAAUCAACCAACAGUCUUGGAGAUAUUGUUAGAUUGAAUUCUGACAAAUGUGUGGAUUUGGGAUGUGGAUUCUCUAUGCUUUUGGGUGAGACUCCAUUUCCAAAGGAGAGUGAUGAUGUCAUUGUAUAUUCGUCGAAUCCAGCCAUUCCAAAGUUGGUCGUUCUGUCACAGCAUUUGAAUGUCAAGUCUCUUAAUAUAUCGAGUGGCUAUCUAAAGAUGGAGCAAGGUGCAUCGAUAAACAGUCAGUCCGAUCUACUCAUAGGUGAUAAUGCCGGCCUGGAGAUUGCCGGCUCUGUAUUUGUAAAUUCAUUGCUAAACUGCCGAGGUAUUCUAUCGAUAAGGAGUGGUAAUCUCUCUGUGAACGGGGUCAUCAAAGUGAGUGGCAACUUCUCAAUGUAUAGCGGAUCCAUUGAGACUGUUGACCUCCAAAUCAGUGAGAUCAUCGAUGAUUUCACAGUGUUUUAUGGCGGUUCUCUAAAGAUAUCGGGAACGGGAACGGUCGACUCGUUGUUGAUGAUGCGAGGAAAUGCUCAGUUGGUAAUAAACUCGGGAAUUGUAAAUUUCUACAAUGGUCUGGAGUGUAAAGAUAAAACAAUGAUCAGUAUCAACAGAGGACAACUUCAUCUUGGUGGUCAUGAAGAAUGUCUCAUUACAUCAUCGCUGGUUCUCGGUGCAGAAUCGGUUUUGAAUGUCAGCGCUAGUAUAGCCAGACUUCGUGGAUCCAUCGUUAAUAAGUUCACUGCCAGUAAAAUUGUUGUUAGCCGAUAUGGAAAGCUGGAGCUAGGUGGAAAAACUAACCUCUUGUCGAAAGUGACUUUGGAGAGAGAUGCAAUAUUCUCUGUUUGUAAAGGAACCUGUAGCCUGACAUCGAUGGACACCGAUCCAACUUCACUCAUUCAGAUCGACGAUAACGGAACACUUAAUAUGCUUGGAAAGUUCAAUAUUAAAUCAUCGAUAGAACUGCAGUCCACUGGACAGUUAGUUAUCGAUGGUACCACCUCCAUCACAGGUAAUAUCACAGAUACCACUGGUGCCAUCAUUCAUUUGCUCGGAGGUGACUUUACAUUCUCGAACAACUCGCUAUUCAUUAUUAAAUCUGAUAUUCUAGUUGACAACAAGGCUUCUCUCUCGGUUUCCGGAAACAUAUCACUCUAUGGAAAUCUAGUAUUUUCAGAUUCAUCGAAUCUAGCGAUUGCGCCUGAAUCCAUUGUCAAUUUCGGAGGUAAGAAUACAAAGAUUUUGGUGGAUAUCAUCUUGCCAACUUCGUCCCAAUUGAACUGCCUGGCGAAUUCCACCACCAAAAUUCAAAGAAUCACCCAGGCUGACCUUACUUCAAAGAUUAGCAUCGACCAUUUGGCAACACUAACCAUCGGUGAUGGCUGUACUAUAUUGACACCGAUUAGACUUCAUGGAAACUCUAGUUUAUUCCUAUCAGGAGAUUCCAGUGUUUCGUUUAUCAAUGCAACCACUAUCGAUGGAUUCCCAUUGCCACUCAUCUAUAUAAGCGAUUGUAAAUGUAAUCUCAAAGAUCAAAACUUACAGCUUGGUAUUUUCACCAUUGAAAGAUCCGAUGUUCAACUGGUUGGAAAAAUAGAUAUCCUAGAGAUGUUGAUGGGAGAUUCAGAAUCAACAAUUAGUAUUGGCGCGAAAUCCGUUGUAUCAUUGCUUGGCGAUGGUUCUACCAUUGAUUCAUCGAUAAAAGUAAUGUCUGGAGGAAAGUUGCUUAUCGAUGGUAGCACCGAUCUAACUGGAAUCAACGUUGAAGAGGAUGCAUAUUUCGCAGUAAAUAGUUCGGCCAUUGUCAAUAUCGAUGGUGAAUGUUCAUUCGGUUCACCAUUUAUUGCCACUGGAACUGCCAUAAUCAAUUUGAAGACCGGUUGCCAAUUCUUCCAGGGUGUCAUCAUCCCAAACAAUUCGACUGUCUUGAACAUCUAUGGAAGUCCAGGUGGUGAUAAUGUAUUCUUCUAUGGUAAUACCUCUAUUAAAUCACCGGUUACCUGCGGAUCUAUGGGACAUAUCACCAUUCCACCAGAUGCCAAUUGUCUGUUUAAUGGAGGACUUUCACUCUCGGAUGAUUCCGAUUUUAAUAUUAUUGGAUCGACCUGUACCAUUGGUAAAUCAUCUAGAAUGGUUGGAAGAACCAUCCUUUCGAACUACUCCACUUUGAUUACUGAUAGUAGGUGCCUCUUCUACGGUGGUAUCCAAUCGCUUGACAAGACAAUGAAUAAGCUCAUUGUUAAAUCUGGCUAUUGUCAACUGGAUAUUGAAAGCAAAAUAAGUGGAACCGUCGAGGUGAAUACCGAUGCCAUCCUCUAUGUCAAUACUCCACUAACUGUAACCGGUGGUGUUACCAACAAUGGACUGAUUCAAGUGAGUGCAAUGUUUGAUAUUACAGGUUCUUCUUUUCUUCAAGAUUCAAACGAUGCCAGGCUGGUUCUCAUUAAAUCACAAAUAUCAGCCAAAACCGUUACAAUUGAAUCAGGUCGAUUACUUGGAGAUGGAACCGUUGCAACCACUCAUGGAUUUACGAAUGGUGGAGUAAUGGAAGGUGUAUUCAAAAUUGGUGAUAAACUGCCUAUACUAUCAGCAGGUGGACUCUCUGGCAAGCUAUCAUUAGCAGAUACCAACUGUUCAAGUUCAUUCCAACUUUCAGCUUUUGGUCCAAUCUAUAAUUUAGUUUAUCAAAGCAUACCAAAGAGUUCUAUCGCCAAAGAACAACAAUCAACUGGAAACACUUCCAUCAAACUAUCGAUUUCUAUUAAUAUAUUAAUAUUAUCUUUACUUUUAUCAAUAUUAACAAUAUAA